AUGACAUCCAGCAGCAUGAACAUGAUGAGCAGGACAAGAGUCAUAAUUCUUGUGGCUCCUAAUGGGCACUGCCACAGGAACAUCAACAGAUCACUGAGAGGUCAUCAUGUUGUUUCCUCUCUCUGUUCUCAGAUCAUCUUCUACGAGGACAGGAACUUCCAGGGCCGUUCCUAUGAGUGCAGCAGCGACUGUGCCGACAUGUCAUCCUACCUGAGCAGGUGUCACUCCUGCAGGGUGGAGAGAGGCUGCUUCAUGGUCUACGACCGCACCAACUUCAUGGGCAACCAGUACUUCCUGAGGAGGGGCGAGUAUGCCGACUACAUGAGCAUGAUGGGAAUGAAUGACUGCAUCAGGUCCUGCCGCAUGAUCCCCAUGUACCGUGGGUCAUACAGGAUGAGGAUCUAUGAGAGGGAGAACUUUGGAGGCCAGAUGUACGAGCUGAUGGACGACUGCGACAACAUCAUGGAUCGUUACCGCAUGUCCAACUGCAUGUCGUGUCAUGUGAUGGACGGACACUGGCUGAUGUACGAGCAGCCCCACUACAGAGGCAGGAUGAUGUACAUGAGGCCUGGAGAGUACAGGAGCUUCAUGAACAUGGGCAUGGGCAACAUGAGGUUCAUGAGCAUGAGGCGCAUCAUGGACUCUUACUAUUAGAGUCAUCAUGGAAACACUGAAAAAAUAAAAUAAAACUGUACCUGAGAAACAAAGUGCUGCGUCUGGUCUGUUCAUUAAGAAGCUGAACUGUGUCACUUUGUUAUUUUGGCUGAUAAUCGAGGUCAAACUUGAGUUGAUUGUCUCAGGAGAAGAAAAACAUGCUUCAGAUUACAGGGUAAGAUCAAAAACAUUUACAUCCAGAUUAGUUGAGAAACAAAUAAAAAUGAAUUCUCUGCUUUACAUAGGUAUAAAAAAACAGAACAUAAAAUUCAGUUCCAGUCAGACAGAUGUGGCACGUCAUGUUCUAUGGUUUUAAAAUAAAUGUAGAUUUCCCUGAACUCUUUAACAUGUUUCAGAACAGACUUCUGCACAAUAUCACCUGAAGUAAUCAUGACUAACUGUCACAUUUACACAGCAACAAUUAAGAUAAGAUAAGAUAAGAUAAGAUAAGAUAAGAUAAGAUAAGAUAAACCUUUAUGUAAUUUGUAAAUUUCCCCAUUGUGGGACUAAUAAAGGAUUAUCUUAAUUAAUUAAUAUUUUCUUAAGUCCACCACAUUAAACCACACCACACCGCAUUAAAAUCCUCCAUCCACACAGUGGAACUCUGUUUUCUGAGGAGUCUCACUCCUCAGAGCAGAAAUAAGAGCUUUAGGACAGCUCUCAUGAUGGAGGAGUGAAACAAUUUCCAGUUAUUUCUAGCGAGGCAUAUCACCUGAAUGCGUUAGCUGAGUGUCGAAUGAGUGUUGGCUGAAUGCUGGCUGAAUGCUGGCUCAGUGUUGGCACACUCUGCUGUGUCAUCACCUGGAGUCAGACCAGUUCCUGGUUGGUCUAUAACCAGGUGGAACAGGUGUGUGGGCUGCCUGCUGUGUUUACUCCUUCAGCCUCCCUGUGAUUUCUGCCUCACCUCAUAAUAAUAAUAUUUAUUAAUAUCAAGUUGUCAAGUUACAGCAACAAUACGUUUUCAAAGAAGUGACCCCAGCAUCACACUUGCUUUCAGUCACUGACCUUUG